AUGUUAACAAUUAAUUGGUUAAAUUUAAUAACAGCAAGUAAUAAUUUAAAUGGGUUUAGUGUUAUUUUUAAAGAAAUAUCAGACUUAUCUGAAGAUCAAAGAAAUAUAAUAGCAAAAACAAAACAAAAUGAAAAUUGUGUUUGUACAACCUGUAAUUAUGAUUAUAUGAACAAUGGGAUAACUGGUAUGACCAAAAAAAUAAUAAGAAACCUAAAAAAUGUGGUUAUUAUCGACCAAAUAUCUUAUAUGAUUGAUAUUUAUCCGAUUAAAAAUCCUAUAAAAAGAUCUUUUAAAAUUUGUUACCCCUGUGCAGUUAAAAUUACAGAUGAAAUCAAAGAGUUGUUAAAUAUGGAAAUAUGUACUUUUAAACUAAACAAUAACAAUAUUUACACCUUCUCUAAAAACAAUAAAAUUAAGAAACAUUAUGAUGGAGUCGUUUGUUUCAUAAUAGAAGAUAAUGAAGUUGUAUUUGGAAAUUUAAAUCGAUUUAAUUUAAACAAUAAAACAGGUCUAAUUAAAAAUGACAAAUCAGUAUUUACACCCAUUAAGAUAGACGGUAAAUCACCAUUAAUAUUCCCUAAAUAUGAAUUAAAAGAUUUUGAAACUAUUAAAAAGUAUUAUAAUUUAACAGAUAUAAAAAUACACAGUGGGACUUUAGAACCUUUAGAGAAAUAUUUAAAAAAUUUUAGAAAUGAAAUUGUUGAAAUGAAAUAUUUUACUAAACAUGAACGUCAAAAAGAAGAAAAAAUAAAGAAAAUCACAAAAAAGAAAUUAGAAGAUUAUGCAUCAAUUUUAUUAUACUUUUGUAUAUUUAUAGUUUUAAUUUCAACAUUUUUAGUAAAAGUUAAGUUAAGAAAAAAACUAAUAGAAACAUUUAAGUCAAUUUCUAAGAGAAAACAUCAAUUAGAAGAUGAAAACGAUUAUAUGAAAUGUGGUGAAAUAGUUUAA